AUGGAAUUCUUUGAAUCUGAUUGUUUUGGCAUGCAUCAACUGUAUGAAGAUGAACAGCGGCAAUGGGACUACUACAGCAUGGGACUUCAUGAUUCAGUCCAUGAUGAAUCAGAAUUGGAAACUGAGCAACAGAAUGGUGAACAUGCAGAUGGUGGGUAUGAUGUAGAUGUUGAUGAGAUACAUAUAGAGAUAGAGGGGACUCCAAUUGAAGAAGGACAUGGAAGAAGGGCAAAUAGAGAACUAACUUUGGAAGAAAAGAGACAACUAGUUGAUGAAAUUUUGGUGAACAUGGAAGGGGACUUAUUACCAUUUGGAUUUUUAUCCAAAAUGGCCAGAAAACAUAAUGUUCACAGAUCAACAACAACUAGAUGGUUCCAGGUAAUUAAAAAACAUUUAGGGGAGGGGACCACUGAAAUGAGCUAUGUUGCUGCCCUUCAUAUGUCUUCCUCAGUGAUACACAGAUUAAAGAAAAAAGGCAGACUUAGAACACACACAUCAACUAAUCACCCAUCACUCACAGACAAUCACAAAAUUGCAAGACUUAAGUGGGUUUUAAGCUAUGUUCACCCUGUUCCAUCUGUUGGGAACCCAAAUUUUAGAGAUAUGAAGCACACAAUUCAUAUUGAUGAAAAGUGGUUCUACUUGAACCCAGAAACAAGAACAUUUUAUCUGCUACCAAAUGAAGACAACCCAUAUAGAGCUCAACAGUCUAGGAGGUUUAAAUUGAAGGCUAUGUUCAUGGGCAUGUUUGGGUUGUUUCCUUUUGUCAAAUAUGACAUAGCAAAGAAGACAAGCAAGAACAGAGCCAAAGGAACAUUGGAAACUAAGGUUGUCCAGUCUGUGAACAAGGAUGCUAUAAGGGACAUGCUACUCAACCAUGUCAUUCCAGCUAUACAUGAGAAAUGGCCCCCCCAUUUACCAAAGGAUAUCCUAAUACAGUGGGAUAAUGCUAAGCCACACCAAGUCCCUAAGGAUACAGAAUUCACAGAAGCAUGUCAUGCAUAUGGGUUCAACAUUGAGUUUGUCUACCAACCAGCACAAAGUCUAGACUUAAAUGUCUUGGAUUUAGGUGUAUUUAGGGUCAUACAAUCCAUUCAGUAUCAGUCUUUCCCAAAAAGUCUUGAUGAAUUACUAGAAAGGGUGAAAGAAGCUUGGGAGGGAUUUGAUCCAAUAGUGAACAAGUAUACAUGGAUUACCCUACAGUCUUUCAUGCUUGAAAUACUAGAAAGGAAAGGAAACAAAAAAUUUGUUCCACCACACGUGAAAAAGAGACAUUUGGACAGUCUAGGGCAAUUACAAACUUGCUACAAGUAG